AUGGCGGGGCGGCUGCGGGCGCUGCUGCGGGCGCUGCUGCUGCGCUGCCUCUUGCUGGGGCUGCUGGGCGGCGGCGGCGGCGGGCAGCCCGGCGGGGGCGAGUACUGCCACGGCUGGGUGGACGCGCAGGGCGGCUACCACGAGGGCUUCCAGUGCCCCGAGGGCUUCGACACGGCGGCCGCCACCAUCUGCUGCGGCUCCUGCGCGCUGCGGUACUGCUGCGCCGCCGCCGAGGCGCGCCUGGAGCAGGGCGGCUGCACCAACGACCGGGACCCCCCCGACCCGGGAGUGACCGCCCAACCAAUCUACAUUCCAUUCCUCAUUGUUGGAUCGAUAUUUAUUGCCUUCAUUAUCGUAGGCUCUCUGGUAGCGGUUUAUUGUUGCACAUGUUUAAGACCUAAACAGUCAUCACAGCCGAUACGAUUUUCUCUGAGGAGCUAUCAGACCGAGACUCUUCCCAUGAUCCUGUCCUCGACGAGCUUCAGGACACCGUCAAGGCAGUCUAGUACUGCGACAAGUUCCAGUUCAACUGGCGGAUCAGUGCGCCGGUUCUCCUUUCCGCGGGCAGAGCCAGGGUGCCUUGUGGCAUCGCCACCUCCGCCGUACACAUCUGGCUGCUUCCAGACAGCCCACACAGUGCACCUGACCCAGCCGUCGGGAUUUGUGGUGUCGCCACCGUACUUUGGGUAUGCUCUCCAGCCGGAGCCUGCUCUGGCUGGGAAGAGCUGCUCCGAUUUCAGUCAGAGCUGAAAGGAGUUGUGAAGGAAUAGUGCAGCCUUGCAAAGGAAGCGCAGGGACUGCUGCUGUUGGGUGUCACACUGACAUGAUGGGUGGCUUUGGAAGUCAGAACUGUUCCUGUGGGUGAGUUGCCCUUGAAAAGUGCAAGGUCUCAUUUGGGAUCUCAUUUCCCAAACUUGGAUCACACUAACAAAUGUAUUGUAGAAUAUUCCAAACCGUUGCUCUAAAAACUGACUGUCCAGUCUAAUUUGUACAGAAUGUCACAAGCAGAAAAAACAUUUGGUGGGUACAGUUACUCAUUUCAUGGUGUUAUAAAUGACAUUUUAACCCUGAAUGCUAAUAACUUAGUUAACAAAUGGUGGCUGCAUUCCACUGAUAAUAAUCAGACUAGUUCUAUAAUGCAGCAAGGUGCCUGAGAAGUAAGAGAGAACUUGUAUUUACCAGGGAUCCUGAAAACAGCUGACUGCUUCCCACUUCUAUAAGCAGUGAAUGUAAGAGGAAGAAUUGUAUUACAGCUAUCAAAAUGCUUAGGAUUUUUAAAAUAUGCUUAAUAUACUUGAACAUACGCUGCAUAUUUGUAUUAGUAAACUUUAACUAUGAUAGAUAAAACUAGUACUAAUUAGGCUAGUUGAAAAUGAAUCAGUCCCAAGCAGCCAAAUAAUUGUCUGAGAGAAGCAGAAGGUAUUCAGCGAUAUCACUAACAACUUCUCCACGUGAAAUCCUAAAAAUGGUGGGUGUUGUGUUAAAGCAUUUCUCAUAAGGCAGUAUUUAUUGCUGGCUUUUUGCUCAGCAAUGUGUGUAAGUUGGAGAAACUGAUCAUAAAGUUCUAUGUA